CAAAUGCUCCACAUGAGUUGUCAUUUUCAAAAGGAGAUUUUUUUCAUGUCGUUGGUAACGAGAACGAUCCCAACUGGUACGAGGCAUGUAAUCCGGCUACAAAUGUGAGUGGGCACGUUCCCGUCUCAUAUUUUCAAGUAUUGGAGAAAAGCGGUCGGCUGAGCGGGGAUCAAAAGUUCGGACCGAACGCAUUGUUUGACAUCCAUAACCAGAAUUCAGGACAAAAACCUUCGCCAUUGUACGGAAUUGUUCUCUAUGAUUUUGUGGCGGAACGUCCUGACGAACUGGAUGCCAAGGCCGGAGAACCGAUAAUUGUAAUUGCCCAGUCAAACCAUGAAUGGUUUGUUGCGAAACCGAUAAGACGUUUGGGUGGUCCGGGUCUCAUUCCCGUAUCUUUCAUAGAAAUUCGGGAUCAUGCGACGGGAAAGGCGGUAGAAAAUAUUCAGGAAUUGAUGGACAAGUCUGUAGUUCCGAAAGUUGAAGAAUGGAAGAAAAUGACCCAAGAUUAUCAAGAGAAUAGUAUUUCACUGGGUCGUCUAGGUCUCUCUGCGGAUUCCAAAUUAGCACCGGUCGGAAUGGAUCCCGUUCCGGUGACAUUGAAUCCAAAUUUAGCUCACGCACCUUUUGAUAAUAGAUCGGGUCCACUUGGAUUACAAGACUCUGUGCCAUCCGGAAGCUUGGAUUUCUCUGCGGAAAACUUUUCUAGAAAUUCAGACGCUUCUGAAACCUUGCCAAUAAGUCCACAACAAUUGGAAUUUGAAGAUCCAGAGUCAAGCUUGCAAGAUGAUAAAAUAAUUUCUGCUUCAGUUGAAAUGUAUCACUUUGAGGAUGAACGAUAUUGGUUUUUGGUCCGCGUGGGGUUAGCCUCAGGUUGCUUUCGCAUCUUAUAUCGAUUAUACGAAGAUUUUUACGAUUUUCAGAUUUCACUUCUCAACAAAUUUCCAGAGGAAGCAGGUCGCACCGGACAACAACGAAUUUUACCAUUCAUGCCAG